AUGACCGCCGUCUCGUUUGACCGCUACGAGACAGUCUGGCUGAAGGAGGCCGAGAACGCCGCCGAGAACGCCGCCGUUGUCGGCGGGCCCGAGGACGACGACGAGAAGUGUCCCCUGGAGGGGUGCCCCCUGUGCGCCGCCAACAGCGGCAACGGCUUCGAUGAGGCCCACGAAUUCGGCGACAGACCCUAUGGGCCCAACGGAUACCUGCCUCACGUCAACGAGGACGUCGGCAGCGCGAACAACGCAAGCUCGCCACCCACGGUUCCUCUCUGCGUCCUCGGCGACGUGCAGCUGCGCUUCCUCUGCCCCGACGACCUGGAGGAGGUUCGUGCACUUUGUCAAGACUGGUUCCCCAUAGAUUAUCCCUACUCGUGGUACGAGGACAUAACGAGUUCGUCGCGUUUCUACGCGCUGGCAGCGGUCUACGGCGGAGUCAUCAUAGGCCUGAUCGUCGCGGAAAUCAAGCCAUACGCCAAGCUCAACAAGGAGGAUCGGGGCAUCCUGUGCUCUAGUUUCGGUAUAGAUUCUCUAGUCGGUUACAUACUUAGUCUCGGCGUGAGGAGAGCUUACCGCCGAAACGGCAUUGCCUCACUGCUUCUGGAGCAGUUGCUGGCCCAUGUCACUGCCCCGGAACGCUCGUCCGUCAAGGCGGUGUUCCUACAUGUGCUGUCGAGUAACGGGCCGGCGAUUCGUUUCUACCAGAGAUGCCAUUUUCGUCUACACAGUUUUCUUCCUUAUUACUAUUACAUAAGAGGAAAGUGUAAAGAUGGCUUUACCUAUGUACUCUACGUUAAUGGUGGACACGCUCCUAGAGGCCUUUGGGACUGGAUGAGGCACUUAGCUGGAUCUGUUGCCAGUCUAGGUCCUUGUAGGGUGCCACGCUGGAUCUGGCAGCGCUUGUUGUGGGCAGCUACGCUAUUUUUCUACCACAGAUGA